UUUAUUUCUAUGUUUUGGAGAAGAAGAAGAAGAAAAUAUCUCCCACUAUCCAGCUAGUCGGAGUGGUCUAUCGCUUGCUUUGACCGCUGAUUGUUACUUAUAAUCAUCCCAAACAACUCCUUCCUUUUAUAUUAGAAGAAAUAGCUAUAUGAAGAGUCUCCGGUGUAAAGGGGAAACGGCUCCAACUCACGAUGGAAGACUGCUUGCACACUUCUUCAGAGAACCUGUCUAAGCUGGUCCGCUGGGCCCACAGUCACGGCACCAUCUGUGCUCUCAUCCCGAACCUCAAACACCUGCUUACCGAGGGUUCCCAUGGGAACCUGACCGCCAUGUGGGGGUGCAGCGCGGGCCACGCCUACCACUGGCCCCUCCCCGCCACCUGUAAAACCGGACAGAAGGAGCGGGGGGGCUGUUUCCAGGACAGCCGAAGCAUCAACUCAGACAGCCUCAGUGUCCAGGGAGGGGCCUCGGCCCGUCAGAGCAGCCCAGGAGGUGAGAGGUUUCUGGGCCGCUCCACCAAGGCCAAGGGAGGUGACAGCAGCCAGACACGGGACUCCUGCGACUUCUCCAACUGCAGUGACGACAACACCGAGGCUGACGACAACACCGAGGAGUAUAACAGCAACCUGUUUGAUAUUGUCUGUGAGUCUUCAGCCACGACGGACGAGGAUGGAGACGUAGACUACGAGCCUCAUCGCAGACCCAGGAAGAGGGGUCCCCCGGGGGGCAUGCCCGGCCCCCAGAGACCAGGGUCUGAGGACAGGGGACAGGGGGACAAGUCAGUGAAGAAGAUCAAGCAGGAGACUGCUGAGGACUUUUACACAGUACCUAAAGCCCAGCUAGCAGCAGGGGUAGGUACUGACUCUGGCCUAGCCUCUCACUCAGUCUCCCAGUCCCCAAAACCUAAUAAUUCCCUGUCCCACCAUGCAUUGCCACACAAACCCUUGCAGCUGGACGCCGACUGUUUGGUUGGUGUGACGUCAUCUCUGCCGGGCCACUCCUUUCCUCACAAACCGCUCCGAGGCUCAAUCUCCAGCUCUGUCUCCAAACCUUCCAUGAUGAGCACUAGUUCUCCCAGACACCACGACCUGUCUUCGGUGUCGACCCAGGGCCUGAGCACCCUCCCGGGGGCAGGUAGUGAGCUGAUGGAGGACCUGCUGAACCAUGUAGGAUCUGAGGGGCCGUUGGGGAACCUGACUCCCUCCUCUCCCAGUGGGAUGAACCCUGACCUGGACCUCCUGGGAGCAGAGACCAAAGGAGAGGCAACAGUGGGUCCAGCUCUGUGUGAGAUAGAGCGGCUGCGAGCGUUGCUGAGUGUUGAGCGAAGCCGCAGUGAGCAGAUGGGGGAGACCAUCUCUAGUCUGAAACAGGACAAGGAGCUGCUGCAGCAGGAACUCACGAAGAAGGCUGAACUCAUCUGUGACUUCCUGCAAGACCAGCUACGACCAGAGAAGAGGCGUGGUCUUUCGUCCAGCCAGAUGGAGCUGGGGACGGGUAGCUCCUCCCACAUGGGGGUGGGUUUCCCUGACGAGGGUGUGGCUUUUGAGAACCCCGCCCUAUUCGACAGCUUUGAGGAGGUGGAGCUCCACAGGGUGAUGAAGAGCUCCAAGAGGAGCAGAGAUGGAGAGAACACACGAGUCAGGAGUAAGUAG